AUGGCAGGCAGUCUCGUGGUGCGGUCUGUCCUGCAGCCAUUCGAGGAGAGUGCGUUCAUCAUAUUCGCCCGCACUGCUCCCUCCCUUGCCUCCGCGUCUCACACCGCUCAUGCUGCUGACACUGCCGGGAAGGAAGGCAGUAAUGCAAAGGCGGGGCGGGAAUCAGUAGCCAGAGUGCUGCUGCUGGCAGUGAAGGCUGUGAACGUGUUAGGUCUCAUAUUCGUGGCGUUCGGGCCGCCCUUCUCCUACUCGCUGCUCUCGCUGCUCUACGGCCCCACCUGGACCGCCACCGAGGCACCACUCUCACUCGCCUGCUACUGCCCCUACAUCAUGGCCCUUGCUCUCAACGGCACCACGGAGGCGUUCGUGCACGCGGUGCUGAGUGAGAGGCAGCUGGCGCAGUCGAACGGGUGGCUGCUGCUCUUCUCGCUGCUGCACAUGGCGCUCAGCGCUCUGCUCAUUCGUGUGGCUUCUUCCCCCGGACUCAUCCUCGCCAACUGCUGCAGCAACGCCCAACUUCUCUCUACAACGUCCAACUUCUCCCUGUGGCAAUCGCUGCCAUCCUUCCCAGUCCUCGCAUCCUUCGCAGCAGCAUCCCUCAUCUCCUUUGCAUCUCAGCACCUCCUCCUCUUUCGCGGCAGCUACACCUCUCCUGCCUCCCUUCCCUCCCCGUUCUCCCCGGCCUCCCUCACCCACAUUGCUAUUGGCGCGCUGUGCUUUGCAGCUGUCAUGGGCGCAUUGUGGCAUUGGGAGAGGAAGUUCUUCGCAGAGCUCAAGGCAACUUUAAGAUCAGCCAAGGCGAGUAAGCAGGAGUGA